AUGACAAAAUCUGGUUACAUUGAUGCUGCAUUUCGUUCAUCUAGGAACAAUGAAGCUUACUUAUUCAUCAAUGAUAAGUACGUGCUAUUGGAUUAUGCUCCAGGAACUAGCAAUGAUAAAGUUUUGUAUGGGCCAAGUCUUGUUCGUGAUGGAUAUAAAUCACUUGCUAAGACAAUAUUUGGAACAUAUGGAAUAGAUUGUUCCUUCGAUACUGAAUACAACGAGGCAUUCAUAUUUUAUGAAAACCUUUGUGCUCGCAUAGACUAUGCUCCACAUUCCGACAAAGACAAAAUAAUUUCAGGUCCUAAGAAAAUCGCUGACAUGUUUCCUUUUUUCAAAGGAACCGUGUUUGAAAAUGGAAUAGAUGCUGCAUUUAGAUCAACUAAGGGAAAAGAAGUUUACUUAUUCAAAGAAGACAAGUAUGCUCGUAUAGAUUAUGGCACAAAUCGUCUCGUUCAAAAUAUCAAGUACAUUAGUGAUGGGUUUCCUUGCUUACGUGGCACAAUAUUUGAAUAUGGAAUGGAUUCAGCUUUUGCUUCUCAUAAGACAAAUGAAGCUUAUCUUUUCAAAGGAGAAUAUUAUGCACGUAUCAAUUUUACACCUGGAUCAACAAAUGAUACCAUUAUGGGUGGUGUGAAGAAAACUCUUGACUAUUGGCCAUCUCUUCGUGGCAUAAUACC